AGAGGGUGGUGUGGAUUCAAACUAAGUCUGAAGGCUUUCCAGUCCCUGGAACACUCUCUCUCUCACACACACACACACACACAUGCACACACAUGCACACACACACACACACAUGCACACACACACGCACACACACUUUACAAACACCAACUGAGAGCUGGUCUGGCCGUCUUGGAGUCCUGGCGCUGCUCACUAGAACCACAGGAGAGACAAAACAAUAUGACAGACGGGUCAAAAGUCAACAAGCCUGAGGAUACUGCAGACUUUGUUGUCAUGGAAACCGGAGCCUGGCAGCGGACGCAAGGACCGCCGAUGGAAGAAUGACCUGCCUGGACCGCGUCCUCCACACGCCACCUUCACGCAACUGUGCUGAGAGAAUGCUGUGGACAAUCACCAUCCCAGUCUUACUGGCAGGAGUGCUGUGCAUCACCGGUGAGACCAGAAGGCACCGCCCCCAUGGCUACAUCCCGUCCCCGCACAAGACUAAAGGGAACCUGUCCUCCGUGCGCCACCACCGGCUCCUCCAUCAGAAGCCCGAGGUGCUCUCCUCCAGCCGGGAGGCCUUGGUGGUGACCGAGGGUCGCUACCUCCGCAGGGACUGGUGCAAAACCCAACCCUUACGCCAGACCAUUAGCGAAGAGGGCUGCCGGAGCCGCACGGUGGUCAACCGCUUCUGCUACGGCCAGUGCAACUCCUUCUACAUCCCCCGGCACCUGGGUCCCCAGAAUCGAGGACACGGUUCCGGAAGGAAAGGCCACAACAAAGCCCAGGAGCCCUUUCAAUCGUGCUCCUUCUGCAGGCCGCACCGCGUCACGCAGCUCACCGUGCAGCUGGACUGCCCGGACCUGCAGCCGCCUUUCAGGCACCGCAAAGUGCAGCGGGUCAAACAGUGCCGCUGCAUGUCGGUGGAGGUGAACGGACACGGGAAGCUGUGAGACAAUAGCUUCUUGUCCUUGACAUGAACCACAGACACUGAUUGAAGAGCAGAGGACUUGUGGACAAGGGUCUAAGAGACUUGUGGUGUGGACAAGGGUCUAAGAGACUUGUGGUGUGGACAAGGGUCUAAGAAACUUGUGGUGUGGACAAGGGUCUAAGAGACUUGUGGUGUGGACAAGGGUCUAAGAGACUUGUGGUGUGGACAAGGGUCUAAAAGACUUGUGGUGUGGACAAGGAUCUAAGAGACUUGUGGUGUGGACAAGGGUCUAAAAGACUUGUGGUGUGGACAAGGGUCUAAGAGACUUGUGGUGUGGACAAGGGUCUAAGAGACUUGUGGUGUGGACAAGGGUCUAAGAGACUCGUGGUGUGGACAAGGGUCUAAGAGACUCGUGGUGUGGACAAGGGUCUAAGAAACUUGUGGUGUGGACUAGACAUGGACUUCCAAGCCAGAGCCACAUGCCAGGUCUUUUCCCUGGGGCAGAUGUGGACUGGACUUCAGGAGGACUACUCUUCUUUCAACACCUUUUCAGUGUCCCAGAUGCUGCACGGAAGAAGACUGUGGUGCCAGAGUCACACGUCAAAAGUAUGCAGAGAAAACAACAUGAAUUUUGUGGAAAAUGACACAGAAAUUAAGAACAUUUUAUUAAAAAAAACCCAAAAACAAUUCAGUUUCAUGUAGGGGUGUAAUCGUGCGCCAUCACGGUUUGGUACAUAUUUCGCUUUUAAGGUCAGGAUUCGGUUUGUUGUGUAAGAGAACAAAACAGCUUAAAUAAAACGUAAAGAAUAUUUCUCCCAAAAAAACUACAAUAACAAAAAGUUGUAUUUUCCAGACUACAAGUUGUUACUUUUUGCCGUGCUUUGAACGGUGCAGCUAAUUCAUGGAUUUGUCUUUGCUAACAGCCAUAAUGUUGUGCCUUGAACCGGAAGUACCGUAAUUUCCGGACUAUAAGCCGCACCUGACUAUAAGCCGCACCAGCUAAAUUUAGGGGAACAUACAGAUUGCUCCAUAUAUAAGCCGCACCCGACUAUAAGCCGCAGGGUUUUGAUGUGUAAUUAGCGUAGUAUAUAGGGGUUCCUGCUACCACGGAGGGGAUUGUCGGGACAGAGAUGACUGUUUGGGAACGCAAAGCGUCCCAUUUAUUAACAAUAAAUCUUUCAAUCAUUCAAUCAAACUUUCACAUCUUUGACAUGGCGAACAGCAUUCGUGCAGAGUACAAAUAAUACAACGGUGCAAAGUAAUACAAAGUGCUCACCUGUACGUUAUCAAAAUAACCAGCCUACCGGUAUAUGAAAAGUCAGUCUUUAAUCAUUGUGUCAUCGUCUUCCUCCUGCGUAGUAAAACCACCGAAAUCCUCUUCGUCGGUGUCGGAGAAGAACAGGCCGUAAAUAAGCCGCACCCUUGUAUAAGCCGCAGGGACCAGAACGAGGGGAAAAAGUAGCGGCUUAUAGUCCGGAAAUUACGGUAUAAGUCCCGUUUAUACUACCAUACGUCCAUAGCGUUUCUGCUCCAAAACAUUCGUCAUUCAUCAUUUCAAGCAACGUUUGCAAGUCUUACAAUACAACUAAAACAAUUCUUACUUGCUUAACCGUCUAAUGUCUGAGUGUUUUCAUGCAUAUUUCUACGUGCUAGCGUGAUGCAAUAGCAUGAGCAAAUAUGCUGUCUGUGUUAGUACUAUUAACUAACAAUAGAAUUCUCAUUCUAUCGUUUCAGUUUCAUAAAUCCACCAAAACGUCAGCGUGGAGUUAUUGAGUCUGUUUAGCUGAAUUUAGAGCUAGCUUACGCAGCUAGUGGGUCCAUGACCAUGACUUCUGUUUUGUUUGAUCAGCCGUUUUACUGCCGUGUUACAGACACUGUUUGGAAACAAUUAAGGUGUGUAAGUAAACAUUUACAAAAUCUUUAGUACCGGUAUAUAUUUGCGGCUUAUAGUCCGGUGGCUAAUAUAUGCAAAAAUAUUGAUUUCUCCUCAAAUUUGGUGGGUGUGGCUCUACAGGCGGGAAAAUACGGUAAUGGUAAUAACAUCUAGAAAAGCACUUAGGCCUUAUCCCCUAGUAGUAAAUACUCAUUUUGUUCGUCUGUCGCUUCCAAACAGGCAGCGAGAGGGUUCACUCUUUGCAUCGGCGUCAGCUACUGGGCACGCUUGUUUUAUAACAGAAUGAAAUAAACAGAGUGAACCCUCUUGUCAGUCAUCCACUAUCCACAUGGAGAAGUUUAGCCUUGCAACUUGAACAUACAAUAACGUAGUAUAAAUGAUCCGGAUCAGCCCCAAAUUGUAAUCACUUGUUUUCCAUCCAAUUUCUGACACUUGCUGAAAACAACACCUUCCGAGCUACGUUGCUAACUGACGGACGCAGGCCAAUACAUAACCUCCUGGUGGACGCAAUUGUCCAAUAAUGUUUAAUACAUAUUUAAUAAUAUACUUUAUUAGCUCAAAAAAAAAUCACUUAAUCAAAUAUUCAAACACAGUGUUACCGUUCAAAUUGUGUUCAAUAUUACAGUGGCCAAAAUAUUUAAUAUACUUGUUAAAUAAAACCUCUGCUUUGUUUUUAAUGAAUACUUAGACCAGCGGUUCUUAACCUUGUUGGAGGUACUCAACCCCACCAGUUUCAUAUGCGCUUUCACCGAACCCUUCUUUAAUGAAAAAUAAAAAUGUUUUUUUCUUAAUUUAAUCUUAAUUUAUAAAUAUAAAUCAUGAAAUGAUGUUAUUAUAUUAAAUAAAUACUAAUAAAGAUAUAUUUUACAAACAGAACGUUACAGGAAUGUACACAUGAUCCCAUGUUUACAUCUCAUUGUGCAAAAUGUGAAUGCUUUAGUGGGAACUAAAUGCGAUAUCGGAAAGGGGUACAAAUUAUUUCCAAAGCAGGACCCCCACCCAGACAUACAGUCCCCAACUUUUAUUGUGUUCCGUGUGGCGACAAGUAAGUAAAGAAUGUUGUGUAGCCAAACAUGCGAUGAGUACCGUUACACCCCGACAGUAUUUUCAUGUCUUUGAUUUAAAGAAGCAGUUUUUGUACUCCUAACUUCAUGUGAAGACUGCCUCUACAUGUGUGCAAUGCAAUAUAUAUUAUACAAUAUACAUAUUUUAU